GUGUGUUCUUCAUUUUGGCCUCUGUUUUCUCUUCAAUCCGUAAGACCACCUCUCUCACACACCCUCUUAUCCUAGAUCCCACUGGCGAUAUGGGUGGCAAGAGGAAGGACACGGUGGACGGCAAGACGCCGCUGUUGAAGGGCCGGCCGGGCCGCAAGUCGGUGCCGGCGCCCAGUCCAGCUGCUGUAGACGCGCCGGCGCUGGCGGCGUCCGGCGUGAAGGUGCUAGCCGGCGGCGCUGUAGCGGUCGCGGGGGCGGAGGGAGAGGUGGUGAAGCUGCUGGACUCCGACGUGCCCAAGACGGACCUCCGCUGCGACGAGUGCCAUGGCCCUCUGAAGCCCCCCGUUUACCAGUGCUCACGUAUGCAUCCCGUCGCGUGCGGCGACUGCGGCGGCGGCGGCGGCGGAGGAGGAGGCGAGUGCUGUCCUUGCGCAGGCUUGGCCGCGUCCGCCGUCUACGUCCAGAACGCCUACCUGGACACCCUGUUCGGCUACACGAAGGUGGCGUGCCCGUACAGAAAGCACGGCUGCGCGAGCUCGGUGGCCUACCGUGACGCUGCGGUGCACGCGGCCGCUUGCGCGUGCGCGCCCUGCUCGUGCCCGGAGUGCCUUCUCGAGGGCUCGCCGGCGGACCUCGUGCGCCACCUCACCGAGGAGUCUGGCCGGCACGCCUGGGGCGCCCGCAAGAUCACCUACGGCACGGCCCACCAGUAUGUCUUUGACGAGCUGGAUUCGGAGGAGAUUUGCGAGGAGCUCUUGGUCGCGGAGGAGGACGAUGGCGUAUUCCUCUUGCACAUUCACCGUGUCGAACUCUACCACCACGUCGCCCUUGCGUGUGUCAGGAAUAAAGCCGCCGCUGGGCCGGUGUACAGCUCCUCGGUCGCAGUGGAGGGCCCUCCGGCCAAGGGGCUCGUUGUGAAGCUGGAGACGAAGGUCGUGGCGAGCUGCCCGGCGCCCACUGAACUGGUAUACGACGACUAUGAGGCUCUCCCUGUGCUUCCCAGGAUGCUGCAUGAGCGAGACGAGAGCAGGGAGCUCCAUGUGCGCGUCUGCGUCAGCAAGACCCAGAGCAUCAGCGAGUGAUGCUAAGAGGGCCAUCAGAAAUCCAGUUACCUACCCCUCAAAAAAAAAAAUCCAGUUACCUUUGCGUGAAGCCAGGAGAUAGUGGAUAAUUGAGAAGAAGGAAAAAACAAUUCAAAAAAUUCUGAUUUUUUUUAUGAAACACUGAGAAAUUGUUUGUUGGCUUGCAUACUUUCAUCACCAUACGACAUUCUUGGAAAUCAUGACAAAAUACAAAACCAAUGCCCCAAAAUGUUAUUUAUAACUUUAUGAAGUAGUAUAUCUUUCAAGAGCAGCAGAUCCAACUGCCAAAUGUCGGUCCCAGCUGUUGUUAGAUUUUUUUUUGUUAAAGGAGGAUGACCCUCGGCCUUUGCAUCAGCGUGAUGCAUGUACCCAUUUUAUUAAUUAUA